GGAUUUCAUUCUUGUUCGAGCUCUCAUGUCGACCAGAUCAGUUUUGAUAUCCAACAUUAAAAUGAUUGCCGAAAACGUGCCACAAUGCAACACCCUCGAGGACUCUGAGAAGAGGUCGUUUACAGGCGCUGUAGUCAACCUGAGAAAACUAUUGAAAUCAGUUAAACGUAUUUUCGCAACUUCGAGGAGAGCAUCACCGUCGGAGGAGCACUUCUCGGAAUCGACUGCGAGUAGUAUUCCUACAGAAGAGGAGCUUCAGAAUUGGUUGAAUGAGCAAAUCGAAUCCAAACUGGCGCUGCUUCGGUAACGGGACUCUAAUCAAUGGAUAUUGAUAAUAAACUGUGAUGGGACUUGUGCUCCGGCACGAUUCCAAUAUCUACAAA